ACCUUCCACUCUUCACUUUGUUUUGUUCUUUCAUCUUGUUGUUGAUCAUGGAGUUGUCAUUUGCAAUUGAUAUGAUAAUUCCUAAACAAUUUAUCAGAGAUGGGGAGACAUUAAUUUCCUCAUCCCAAAGCUUUGAGCUAGGCUUCUUUUCUCUAGGAAACUCAAAAAACAGAUACUUGGGAGUCUGGUAUAAGAUUAGUCCUGAGACUAUUGUGUGGGUUGCAAACAGAAAAGACCCAAUUCCAGAUCGUCAAGGAGCCUUAACCAUCAGUGACAAUGGAAGUCUUGUACUUAUCAACCAAGAUAAGAGCAUUAUCUUGUCUUCAAACUCAUCCAGGGUGCCAGAAAAUCCAGUAGCACAACUUCUAGAUUCUGGAAACCUUGUUAUUAGGGACAGUAAUGACAUGAAUCCUGAAAACUAUAUGUGGCAGAGUUUUGACCACCCAUCAGACACAUUGUUGGAAGGCAUGAAGUUGGGAUGGAACUUAAAAACAAAAUUUGAGCGACAAUUGACCUCAUGGAAAAGUGAAGAUGAUCCAUCCCCUGGAGAAUUUAGCCUCAGCCUCAACAUUAGUGGGGUGCCUCAAUUAGUCAUCACAACGCCAUUGAAGAUAUCAGUCCGAAGUGGACCAUGGAAUGUUCUCCAGUUUGGUGGCAUUCCCCUGACGAGCAACAAGGUCUUCAAACCAGUGUUGGUGCACACAGAAUUUGAGCUGUAUUAUGCAUGGAAACCUUUUGACAAUAAAGUUAUCACACGAUUAUUGAUGAGCUCGUCAGGUCAUAUGCAGCGUCUUGUAUGGGAUGAGAGGAUCAGGGGAUGGAGUAUUGUGUUCUCUUGGCCGUAUGACAAGUGUGAUAAUUAUGCACAGUGUGGGGCUAAUGCUUACUGCAUAGCCAGCGAGACACUUGAGUGUAUGUGCUUGAAGGGGUAUGAAUCCAAAUCACAAGAUGAGUGGGACACACCAGACACUAAGAAAUGUGUCAAGAAAUCACCAACAGAAUCAGACUGCCGAAAUGGAGAAGGGUUUCUGAAGCUCGAGCGAAUGAAAUUGCCUGAGGUUAAUUGGUCAAACCAAAGUAUGAAUAUUAAGGAAUGUUAUGCAGAGUGCUUGAAGAACUGUUCCUGCAGGGCUUAUGCAGCCUUAAAUGAGGGUGAAGGAAGUAGUGGCUGCUUGAUGUGGUUUACUGACCUAAUUGAUAUGAAACUAUGCUCCACAAGAUUCAAAUGGGGACAGGAUAUAUUUAUGCGAGUCCCCGCUUCAGAACUAGCUAAGGAAUUGAGUAAGAAGAAAAUAAUAAAGAUCAUUGUGUCGGUCUCGACUGUUUCUAGCAUCCUUAUAUUUGGACUUGUAUCCUGGAAAAUUUGGAAGAAAAAGAACAAAGGUAAUGAAGAGGUUCAAACUUUAAUUGUCCUGGAGAACAAGGAGGACACAGAAGUGCCUAUAUUUAAUUUUGCAACACUAGCUGCUGCAACUAACUAUUUCUCUAAUGCCAGCAUGAUUGGCCAGGGUGGAUUUGGUCCUGUUUACAAGGGAAAAUUUUCAGAUGAACUGGAAAUUGCAGUGAAGAGGCUUUCCAAACAGUCAGGACAGGGUCUUGAAGAAUUCAAGAAUGAGGCAUCUAUAAUUGGGAAACUUCAACACAGGAAUCUUGUUGCACUUAUUGGAAUCUGCACUGAAGGAGAUGAAAGGAUGCUGAUCUACGAGUAUAUGCCCAAUAAAAGCUUGGAUUAUUUUAUUUUUGAUCGUGAAAGAAGGAAACUAUUGUCCUGGCAAAAACGCUUUGAAAUUAUUAUUGGGAUUGCAAGAGGACUUCUCUACCUCCACCAAGAUUCCAAACUGCAAAUAGUUCACAGGGAUCUGAAGACCAGCAAUAUCUUGUUAGACAGUGACAUGAAUCCAAAAAUUUCAGAUUUUGGGUUGGCAAGGAUUUUUAAAAGUGAUGCAAAAGAGGUGAACACAAAGAGAGUUGUUGGAACAUAUGGCUACAUGUCUCCGGAGUAUGCCACUGAUGGCACAUUUUCAUUCAAAUCAGAUGUUUAUAGCUUUGGAGUGCUUUUGAUGGAGAUAAUAAGUGGAAGAAGGAAUAGAGGAUUCCAUCACUUUGAGCACCAUCACAAUCUUCUGGGACACGCCUGGCUGCUGUGGAAUGAUGGAAGGGCCCUGGAACUAAUGGAUAAGUAUUUAGAACAGUCUUUCAUUGAGUCUCAAGUCCGAAGAUGCAUUCAAGUGGGUUUACUAUGUGCUCAAAAAUUCCCAGAGAACAGGCCAGAAAUGUCCUCUGUAGUUUUCAUGUUGGCAAAUGAAGAGGUUGUGCUGCCUCAGCCUAGAGAGCCAGGUUUCUUCACAGAAAGAGGUUUCAGCACAGAUACAUCAUCAAGUAAAGAUAAAUCUUUUACAGGAAAUGCUUUGAGUGUAACUGUAGAGGAAGGCAGAUAGAUUUUCUUGCCCCAGUUUAGUACUGUUUUCCGGUUGGGGCAUUCCUGUAAUCAUGCAGAUACUUUUUCUCCGUUCAUUUAAAUUUUAAGUCUUUCCAAAUGUGUAACUCCGGAUAAGGCCAUGAAGCAGGAGGAAUACCUUUUCUACAGAAAGCAACAAGUCAACAUGUCUUCUUCUCAAUGAGAUCAAAGUCUUCAAGCAGUGGAGCCAUCAAAACAUUAAGAUUGACAAAUGUCCUGCAGGCUUUGAUUUGGGUGCUUUCAAGGUUUUAUAUAUUUUCAUGCCAACAUCAGUGGCCGGUCGUGAUGGUAUACAUUCCCCAACAAUAGGCAAAAGACAAGGCAUAUGGUGUCUCAUUCUAGGACAAUUUUACAAAUUGAGAGGUUAAAAUAUAAUUUUUCGAAUCGAAUUCGAGU